AUGAAAACUCAAUCAUUCUUGUUAUUUGUGCUCAGUUUAAUCACCAGCGUUGUGUCCUUGCACUUUGAUUUGGAUGCUGCUGAAUCUACCAAAACACCAUAUUGUAUACGUGAUUUCGUCAGUGAAGGUCAACUAGUGGUUGUAAAUAUCCAUUCAUCAGGUUCAAUUGGUGAUGGUCAACAAUUGAGUUUCAACAUACAUGAUAGUGUUGGUAAUGAAUAUCGUAAGAAAAAGGAUUUUGCUGGUAAUGUUAGAGUAGCAUUUACUGCUCAUGCUUCAGCUGCUUUUGAUGUUUGUUUCCAUAAUGUUUUACAACAUCAAGGUAGAAGAUUAUCAAGAGAAAUUGAAGUUGAUAUAGAAGCUGGUUCAGCUGCUAGAGAUUGGAAUGCAAUUCAAGCUGCUGAAAAAUUAAAACCUGUUGAAGUUGAAUUAAGAAAAGUUGAAGAAUUAACUAAUGAAAUUGUUGGUGAACUAGAAUAUUUAAAAGCAAGAGAAGAAAGAUUAAGAGACACAAAUGAAUCUACAAAUAGAAGAGUUAGAAACUUUUCAUUUGUUAUCAUUAUUUCAUUGAUUGCUUUAGGUGCAUGGCAAAUCAAUUAUUUGCGUAACUACUUCAGAUCAAAACACAUUAUUUAA